AUGAAACAACAUCAGGUGCAAAUAUCAGGAUUGGAAUUUCAGCCAAUUAAUUAGAAAUACUUUUUACAUGAGAGGGAGAAGUUAAGACAUGAUCCUUUUGCAGAUAGCUUGGAAGAAUAUUUCUCGUUGUUUAAAAGGAGGACAAUCUGUCAUUUCUUGCUGUCUGCGUUCUUUAUUGGCCUCAUGAUCCCUUCUAUCAUAUUGCAAGCAGAAUAUAUUGAAGUUGAUGUUAAUAAGGGCGUAGGUGAGUUUGAGAUGAAGGAUACAUGGGAUCCGCCGAUCAGUAUAUAUAUGUUUUCGAAAUCUGAUGAUUUGCUCAUAGAUGUGCAAUUGUAUUUGGAUGGAAAACCAAUACAAGAAUUCACCAUUCAAGAACAAUUGAUAAUUGAUACUCAAUACAUUAUUAGGAGCGAAAAACCUUAGAGUUUCAGUAAGCUUAUUUUUAACAUAAGGGCAGCAGUUAGAUUGAUGGCACAGUUCAAUUUCGUUCCGGCAUCCUACUUAAUUAUCAUUGUUGUGAUGCUUGUUAUAUCACUACUGUACUCAAUCCUAACAUAUGCUCGCUACAGAUAACUCUGAAUUUUUAUUGUAUUUAGUUUCUACUUUGUUUCAAUAUAACUCA